AGUUUUUUUUAUUCGACACAGCAGAAAAAAGAAAAGGGGUUUUCUCGUCAAAGAUCUUUAUCAUCUGAAAAUAAUAUUCUUUAAAGCGCGUUUUCCUAUAAUUUAAAGUUUGUAAAAUGAUAUUGGUUUAAUAUUCACGAUUGAUACUAAAAAAAAAGUGCUGAAAAUAAAUCUAUAAGUGAAAUUUCACCUCGAAGAAGUGAUCUGUUCCGUGAGGCGGGAAUCCGCCCUCCGAUUUCGCAUUUGCGUGCUUGCUUUUUUGUAUGAGCGCCUCGUCACCUUAUCUCAAGGCCAGCGUCUCGAGCAAAAUAAAAACAACUUACUUGAAGGCGAUAUCGUCCCUUCAACUCGCUUGAUUGUACUCAGAACUAGUGCUGUUUGCGUACGGAAGAAACCCCAUCGCGGCCAGUCGUGAUGGUUGGGAUGAGCAAUUUCACGCUGGAUCCUGCCAUCCUUGGCGUCGUUGGCGGCAGCAGCAGUAGUCGAAGGCAUGAAAUCGAACGGAAGGCGCUAAUGGACGAGCUGCUGACCGUGGUGAAAGAAUGCCAGAAAAAGUAUGGCGGAAAGACGGAACUGGCAACGGAGGAGGAUUCAAGAAUUAUUUUGCUCUGUGAUACUUGGGAAAGAGUGCUGUCGCACGGUUUAAAGUCCACCAGUUCCGUGCUGAAAAAUGUAACCGAUUUAGUAGCUGGUGGCAGUGUGGAAAUGCCGGUUGUAUGGGAUUUUGCCUUUAAGCAUUUGACGAAUCAUGAAAAGGAAAGGUUCGCCGCCUUGCGACACGUAUGGACAAAUUGCGGAAAAGGAAAGGCACUGCUGAGGGCUAUCCUUAAUGAGCGAGCGCUUGAGCGUUAUAUGUUGAUCUGGCUUGGGGAUGAGAAGAUCUUGGAGGAAAGCUACGAAUGCUGGGCCCUGAUGAGAGAUGGAGAGAUCACGGGUCUGCUUCCGAACAUGGCUGCUGGGUUGAGCACUAUUUUAUUUGCCGUAUCGAUUGAUGCUCCUGAAUUGAACGCUCCCACGCGAGCUAAACCAGAAAUGGUAGAACCGAUCAUAGCCACGCAACCUCCUGCAGGUCCUGCACGGAAGGUAAAUGUCGUUCAACGUGAAAUUCUGGAUGAAGUUCCGACGAAACCAAUUCUAAACUUAUCCUCAUCGCCGAACACGUUACAAAUCGCUCCAAGAACGGCAAACAUUGAUAUUAUUCGGGAAUACACCGAUGUUGGGCCUAGCCAGUCAUCUCGCCCUGGUGCAUACUCGGUGGAAGAUGCCCUCAACAGUCUCUCUAUUGCGCAGGAAAUAAAACGUGAAUCAAAAACGGCAGGUGCCAUCAGCGCCAGCAGCCCGGACAACGCACUGGAAGCAUCCGAAGACAGUAUUAUUGGAAACUAUUCUUCGGAUACAUCCACGGCGACAACAACGACGGCAACCAAUUCUUCAAGUGGAACCAUUUCCGGCUCGGACUUGUCCGUCGCACAGGAAUCGCUGGACGAAUCGUUCGUGGCGGAGCGGGACGCGGAGAUGGUGACCAAACUUAAACGCCAACUGGUGGACUCGGAGGAACGCUGUCAAAUGUUGGAGUCCCGUGUCGCUGAAUUGAGCUUGGAAAACCACCGGCUCCGGAUGCAUACGCGCUCGAAUCGACUAUCGUUAAUGCACUUCCAGAUAAGUAUUCCGAAAGCGGUCCUCCGAACGCCGGUCAGCGGUCGACGGCGGGAGCACUAUUGCUACGAAAUACGAAUAUCACCGAACGGGACCGCAAACAAUACCCCCGCCGGUGGUGGUGCCACCGAAUCAUGGUCCGUGUUUCGACGGUACAGCGAGUUCUACCGGCUCCACAAACGACUCCAGAAGGAGUACUCCAGCGUGCGGUCGUUGGACUUCCCACCAAAGAAAAAGAUCGGCAAUAUGAACGCGCAAUUCGUGGAACAGCGUCGCCAGCGUUUGCAGGUUUAUCUCAACAGUCUGUUCAUAACGACGUUACCGGAGGUAUCCGCGUGCAACACCCGGUCCCAACUGGAGCGGGCGUUUCCGUUUCUGCACGAUGCCACGCUAUGAGCCGGAGCUAUCGAAUCUGAAGACGGUUAUGUGUCUAAAUCGAUUGUGAAGUGAUUUGGAACAGUAACCGCGAAUUGAAAACCUUGAUAUUUCCUACGCCGAUCAUUGCGUUACGUAGAUGAGUCGCACUUCUGAAGCGGACUUGGAUUUCAUGCUUAAAUGUAUUUAUAUCUAAACUGUGUUAAUCGAGCAACCUUUUUGGGAAAGUAAGAUCAAAGUUAGGAUUACGUAUUGUAUAAAGAGUUGUAUGUAGAAAUGAAAAACGGCGAAUUAACAUAAUCAUCAAUACGAAAUCAAA